AUAAUGCAUGUUAUACAAGAUGUAAGAAAAAAAAACAAGAAUGUGAGAUACAAGGCUGGUUGUAAGCUGUUCCCGGCAGUAUUGUUACACGUGUCAAUCCAUAUUUUUGUAAAAAUGUCUUCUGGUGGUUGGGAGGUCGUCGGAAAAAAUAAGAAGGAUAAGAAUCUUAGUCGGACUAAUAAACUGAGCAAGGCAGAAAAGAAGAAAUUUAUCGAAAAUGCACCAAAAGUUGAGGAUUUCCUACCUUUGGACCAAGUGAAGACUCUUUACGAUAAUUUGAAUGGAAAUAAUAAGGAGAACAAGAAACCUUCAAAGGGGAAAGAAAGCAAAACCAAGGAAAAUGAGGAGAAAAAGAAGCAGCAAAAGCAACAGCAACAGCAGGUUGAAAAGAAAAAGGAGGCUCCGAAAGAAAAACAACCAAAAUCUAUAGAAGAAGCCCUCAAAUUGAUUAACGCAGCUGAAUUGGAAGACAUUCUGACAACAGGGCAGGCACGAUUUCCUGGUGCGCCUUUAAUCUGGUUAAAAGACCUAGUCGCAUUCUUGAACAAGAAAAUUCCCCUGGAAGCGAUUGAUCCAGUCUUUGCUGACAAGCCCGAGGAUUAUCCAGCAAGUGUAGUUCCAAAACCAGUCCGAGUCAUUUUAGAAAAAGCAAUCGAAAUCAGCGGAUCGCAGAAUGUUCAGCUCUUCUAUGAAUUUAAUUUGACUGCAAUGGCGACCGAUAUCGUCAAAAGCUCACCUGUGGUUGGCUACAAAAUAUUUAUACAGCUCUUGGCAAGAUUCAAUCCUGAAAUGACAAUAACGAGUAUUCCUAAAUUAGUAACACUCCGAAAUUCUUAUCAGAAUAGAAAGCCCAUAGGUUUAUCCUUAAUUUGGGCGCUUUCCCAAAGUGGAAAAGAAAAUUUAACUGUCGGAUUGUCGGUUUGGCACCAUGUGAUGGCUCCUAUGCUGGAAGCCAAAAAUUAUGCUAGUUAUGUUUCGCAAAUACUCAAAGAUUUAAUAUCCCAAAACACAAAUGUAAAGAGCAUCGACGUGAAAGCAGAAUUUUAUUUAAAUAUUGUGGAUGAUGUUAUUUCUGGAAAAAUUAACAUUGGGCCUGUUUACGUAAAUGAAAUCAGACCAUCAAUUGAUAAGUUAAGAGAAAUGGUAUUCAAAUCUACAAAUCUAAAAUGUCGGUCGUUAUUUGAAACACUGAUGGCAAAACUAACACCGAAGUCUAGUGUAAAUUACAGAGAAGAACUUGUGCAGGCACUGGUGGCUUGCUUAAUUAAAGAUUCGCAAUGUCUGGGCGUUUGGAAAACUUUGUACAGUAAAAAUUUAUACCAGUCUGACUUGCUUCUAAAGAAUAUUAGUUCCCAUUGGAAUACUUUGAAGGGAAUUAAUAGAAACAAUUCAUUUUUGGAGUUGAUUGAGGCAUUACAAUUAACGCACAAGAAAACUAAAAAGAACAAAGAUAUCCUCGCAGGAGAAUGCAACAAAACGUGUGAAGAACUCGUGAAGAAAAUGACUGCGUCAUCGAGUAAAGGCUUCCCUUGGAAAAAAGGAAGUUUCAUUUUAUUACUCCUUAUUGGUGCUAUUUUGGCGUUUGAUUGCCGCAAAAACGGAUCUUUCGAAGCAUCUAGUACAAACAAAUUCUUGAGACACAGCGGCGUUCUGUCCUGCAGUCAGAAAGUUUGGGCAUCAACAAAGUCGUACUCGCAAAAUGGACUGAAGUACAUUGAAGCCAGUUUUCCAGACUAUUACAAAGCAACUGUAGAAUUGACCGCACCCUACAUUAAACUUGGAGGCGACGUCUACACCGUAGCUAAGAAUGUUUCAAUUAAAUUGUACGAAAAUGCUGCUACCUACGUGAUGGAAAAAACACCCGUGGUUGUUGCGAUUAUCGAGCACUAUGCACCUGGCAUGUUGGCAGCAGUUCAAGAGCAAAGCAUAAAGGGAAUUGAGCUGAUCAAGAAAUCCUCGGCCUAUAUCUGUGAGCAGGUCGUCGACCGAUCUGUGAUGGGCGUUAAGUGGCUGGAGACGAACGUUUUCGUAGGAAAACUGAGCCCGAAAAGUCUACAGAGCUAUGCGAGUCAGGCAAUCGGCACGACACAAUCGUUGGCCAGUCAAACGUACGAUUGGCUGUAUGAGAAGGUGCAAACGCUGUCUAAAGUUCAGUGAACGAAUAAGGUCUGCUUCGCUGUAGCGACUAUUCAGUCGACUGCCGAACCAUUCCAUACCUCAGCAUUUAUUCGUCAGAAUACAGGCGGUUGAAGGUUUAUACGUUUUAUCAUAAUUAUUGCGGUCUUUUUACCUGUGAUAUUCCAAGAAUAAAUACGCCGCAGUCUUCUUCUUGACACUCCAGCGUAUCUCCUCAAUGGAUGUCUGGCGUCACCCAAAAACCUUUUGUUUUUCAAACACACUAUGGCGAAACGAAUCUUCACUUCUAACCAAGUGCCAUUUUAGUUCGACUAUCAUGGAAUCCUCGCGCGAAAUACGGCUCCAAUCAUACUAUUUUGUAUAUUCAUGGGUGUACUUUGUUUUAGAAUAUGAUUGAAAAAACUCUAAAAUAAAUGACUUUUCAUAAAAAGAAACAUACAAAAGAUGAAA